AUUCUUGCAAAGCCGCACAAUGAAGCUAAGCACUUAUCUAUUGGCGCUCGUCCUAUUCGCCGGAUUCUGCCUGCUGCAGCCUUCCUCAGCCCAGACCAAUUCCACCACAUCCACCAACACCACAACCACGGAGGCAACCACAACCACCACUGCCAAGGCCACAACCGUUCAUAGGAAACAUUUUACGAUCCGUAAUCUCCACUAUAAGACAGUGCGCAGGAUCCAUGUUAACAAGAAAUCUGGUUAAUAAGAUCUUUAGCUUACCAAACAAUGGCGAAUAAAAAAUACCUAAAGAAAACACAUUUCUAAUAAUGGGCAC